AUGGCCGCGCGGUCGCGGGCGCGCCGCCUCCUGCCGCUGCUCACCUUCGUCGCCCUCGGCAUGGUCCUAGGUUCCCUGCUUCAGUUAGCAUUUUUCCGCCGGCUUGAUGAUCACUCUCAUACGGGGCAUUUUGAUAAUGAUCAAGAGGCAGCAGAUCUUCGACUUGGAUACGUGAAGCCUGAAGUUAUCAGCUGGAAACCCCGAAUAAUUGUUUUCCACAACUUUCUUAGUUCAGAGGAGUGUGAUUAUCUAAGAGAAAUUGCUAGACCAAGGCUCGAGAUUUCUACUGUAGUUGAUGUCGCAACUGGAAAAGGUGUAAAGAGUGAUGUUCGCACAAGUUCUGGUAUGUUUGUGAACUCUGAAGAACGAAAAUUUCCAGUCAUUAAGGCAAUAGAGAAGCGGAUUUCUGUAUUCUCACAGAUACCUGUAGAAAAUGGGGAACUCAUCCAAGUAUUGCGUUUAAACUACAGGUAUGAACCAAGCCAAUAUUACAGGCCGCAUCAUGAUUACUUCUCUGAUACUUUCAACCUCAAACGUGGGGGGCAGCGUGUUGCUACAAUGUUGAUGUAUUUGACCGAUGGAGUUGAAGGUGGUGAAACCCAUUUUCCUCAGGCAGGAGAUGGUGGUGAAUGCAGUUGUGGAGGAAGGAUGGUCAGAGGACUAUGUGUGAAGCCAAACAAAGGAGAUGCUGUGCUCUUUUGGAGCAUGGGAUUCGACGGUAACACAGACUCGAACAGCCUUCACAGCGGAUGCGCUGUUGUGAAAGGGGAAAAGUGGUCAGCCACGAAAUGGAUGAGGCAAAAGAUGACUUUCUGA